AUGAGUCAAGAUGUCGCAGAGCAAAACAUUCAGAUGUGGAAAGUAAAGAAACUCAUCAAGAGCUUGGAUUCGGCACGCGGAGCGGGGACAUCCAUGAUCAGCUUGAUCAUUCCUCCCAAAGAUCAAAUUUCUCGUGCCUCAGCCAUGUUGACGCAGGAAUACGGUACCGCGAGUAACAUCAAGUCGCGGGUGAACAGAUUGUCUGUUCUUGCAGCUAUCACCAGUACCCAGCAGCGCCUCAAGCUGUACAACCGAGUCCCGCCAAACGGUCUCGUACUUUUCGUGGGCACCAUCCUCACCGACGAAGGUAAGGAGAAGAAGGUGUCAUUCGACUUUGAACCUCACAAACCGAUCAAUACGUCGCUUUACCUCUGUGAUAACAAAUUCCACACUGAGGCCCUAUCCGAGCUUCUCGAGUCCGACUCUCGUUUUGGUUUCAUCGUCAUGGAUGGUAAUGGAACCCUCUUCGGUACCCUCUCAGGCAACACUCGUGAUAUCGUACAUAAAUUCACCGUCGAUCUUCCUAAGAAGCAUGGCCGUGGUGGUCAGUCUGCGCUACGUUUCUCCCGUCUACGUGACGAAAAGCGCCACAAUUACGUUCGAAAAGUCGCCGAGCAUGCUGUCCAGCACUUCAUUACAAACGACAAAGUCAAUGUAACUGGACUCGUUCUGGCAGGAAGCGCCGACUUUAAGACAGAACUCAGUCAAAGCGACAUGUUUGACCCACGCUUGGGCGCAAAGGUGAUCAAAGUUGUGGAUGUGAGUUACGGCGGUGAGAAUGGUUUCAAUCAGGCUAUCGAACUUGCAGCGGAUGCGCUGGCAAAUGUGAAGUUCGUGCAGGAGAAGAGGCUCAUCCAGAAGUAUUUCGACGAAAUCAGCCAAGACACGAACAAGUACUGUUUUGGUAUUGAUGACACGUUGAAAGCGCUUGAUCUAGGCGCGGUCGAGACCCUGAUUGUGUGGGAGAACCUGGACAUCACACGUUAUGUAUUCCGCAAUGCUGCAGGAGAGGAAAUUAUCAUCCACGCAAACAAAGAGCAGGAAAAAGAUCGCGAGAGAUUUUUGGAUAAAUCCACUGGUCUGGAAAUGGAACAUGCUACUGAUCCACAGUCUCUCCUUGAAUGGUUUGCCGAGAAGUACAAGGAGUUUGGAGCAAACCUUGAGUUUGUGACCAAUCGGUCGCAGGAGGGCGCACAAUUCGUAAAGGGCUUCGGUGGAAUAGGCGGCUUGCUUCGCUACAAGGUCGACCUGACAAACCUAGCGGCCCUUGAUGAAGAGGAAGACGAGUUCUACAGCGAUGAUGAUGAUAUCUGA